UAUUAAUAAAAUGGAGGAUCAGAGCUAUGAGGAGAGACAGAGAGACGAGCUGGAGUUCCUUCAGUUUGUGUUCAUGAGCGACUUUGAGGACAUGAGAGAGAAGGACACGUGGAAGAUCCAAAGACCUCCUGAGAUAAUGAUAAAACUGACGCCACAGAAGAGCAUCAGCACCAGUGUACAGAGACUACAGAUUUCUGUCAAGUUACAUGCGAAGUAUUCUUCCGAUUAUCCAGACACGCCCCCUCAAUUAGACCUUAUUGAGCCACACCUCCUCUCCAAGGACCUCGUUAAAGAAUUAUUGACUGAAAUUAAUGACCUAGCUAAGAGUAGAAUUGGAGAGGUGAUGAUGUUAGAAAUAGCUCAACACGUCCAAUCAUUUCUACACAAACACGACCGACCCCCAGUAUCACUGUAUGAGGAAAUGGUUAAGAGGAGAGAGAAAGAAGCUGAAGAGGAAAGCAAAAAGAAGUUUCAAGAACAAGAAGUUGCCAGACACCAAAGACAAGAAGAGAUUGCUCAGGAGCUGCAGCGGAGACAGGAUCAACUGAGAGAGAAACUAUUGCAAGAUUUUGACGAGGAGAGCUCCAGCGAUGAUGAACUCGUUACUAAAAAUAGUAACAAACCAACCGGUCAGAAGGACAGUGAUGACAUCACUAACCCGCCCCUCCCUCUCCCUCUUGAAGAUAGUCCAAUUGUGGGACGAGGGAACGGGAACAUCCUCCGUGGGAAGCUACUGGGAGACAGUAGUCAUGGUUACUAUUCAGUGUACUGUGGUAUGGAGGUUGAUACUGGUAGUCUAGUGUGUGUCUAUGAAUGGAUAAUACCCUGCAAGACACAGAAGAAGGCUGACACUAGGAGGAGCAGACAAGUUGCUAGUAUCAGGCAGGAGUAUGACUCAUUCAGUGAGAGGUUCAUUAGUCACUCAUCAAUUGUCAAAUAUUUAUUAAUGAGACACAAUCUCACUGAACACGGGAUACUAGUCGAGGUUGGUAUGGAGUACAUUACUGGUGGUAGUCUGAACUCUCUCCUUCAAGGUUCAAGUUCCUCUCCAAUAACUGGAAAAUCCCUCCAGCUUUAUAGUAAGCAGUUGCUGGAGGCUGUAGCUUACCUUCACUCGCAAGGAAUAGUCCACAAUGACAUAAGGCCGUCACUGGUUUUUAUUGAUCCUGUUCAAGGUGUCAAACUAGCUGGUCAUACCAUAAUCAAGAGGUUAUCCGAUUUGACGGGCAAAGUUAAUGAGGAGGCGUGGCCUAGAGGCUUCUUCACUAAACUAGGAGGAAAGAAAACCGAUAUUUUAAAACUAGGUAUGGUUAUAUUCUGUAUGUCUGUGGGUCGGGUUACUGUCUCAUACCCACCUGAUGUUCCUGAACAUUUCAGUGAAGACUUUAAAGAUUUUUUAAACAAGUGUCUCAAUAAUAAUGAAUACCAGCGAUACCCUGCUCAUGAGUUACUGGUUCAUCCGUUCAUAACUCCGCCCACUUUUAUUCCUGGAUCUAUAGACCAUACCCACAGGACAGAGGCUGGUGUUGGGCUGUUAAGAGAUAAAAGUGCUGACUCAGGUUUAGCUGAUCCUGUCUCUCAUGUUGGGGGCAGGUCUCGUCUGGAGGCAGAGUUUGAGGUCCUGGAGGUGCUGGGUAAAGGAGGCUUUGGAGACGUCAUUAAAGUUCGUAACUACCUGGACAGUAGACUGUACGCCAUUAAGAAGGUGAGACUGACUGGGGGCAGUAAAAUGAUGACUAAACUAACUCGAGAGGUGGAGCUAUUGUCACAGAUGAACCACGAGAAUAUCGUCAGGUAUUACAAUGCCUGGAUUGAGAAAUACAGCGAGCCUAAUCACCAUGGCAACGAGGAGGAGGGGGAGGAGUUUAGUGAUAGUUCGGAAGAUGAAGACACGACAGAAGAGGAGGAGGAGGAGGAGGAGAGAGAGGAAGGACUGUCCUUCAUUGAAUUCAAAUUAGACGAAUCUACAAGACUUGACUCAUCAGAUCAGAUCAGAGAUGAUUCCUACUCCUUCAGCAGUGAUGUCUUCACUGAUACUGAAGACAGGGACGUGUUUAAAGGGAAGGUUGAUACCCCUGGUACUAAUGUGGCCACUCUAUUGGAGGCUGACCUAAUGGUGACCACACCCAGGAGAGGAUUCAUACAUUCAGAGUCUUCUGAUUCUGUGGUGUUUCAGGACACUAGUUUAAUGGCUCCUCCAGGAGGAGAGGGAGAGGAGGGAAGUACUGCUACUGGUGGUGGUGGUGCUGGUGGUAGAGCAAAGCAAAAGCAAACAGGGCAAUCACAGUAUCUGUAUAUACAGAUGGAAUACUGUUCCAAUCAAACUCUAAAGGUAUUGAUUGAUUCUGGUCAGCUGAUCAAGAGCUCAGGGUUUGAGUUAGGCUGGCAGCUGUUCAGAGAGAUCACCGAAGGACUAGCCCACAUUCACUCCCAGGGGAUGAUCCACAGGGACCUCAAACCAGUCAAUAUAUUCCUUAACUCUUCAGGACACUGUAAGAUCGGGGACUUUGGACUAGCUACCACCUUCAGUAAAUAUCACACAGGACUAUCAAGACAGCAAUCUAUACCCAGCAACACCAGUAUACUGGCUGGUGACACUGGUCUAGUCGGUACUAUGCUGUAUUUAGCUCCAGAGCUUCUAAAGUCAGUAGUCAAAUACACUCAAAAAGUGGACAUGUAUAGUUUGGGUAUCAUCCUGUAUGAGAUGUCCCACCCUCCACCUGCUACAGUGAUGGAGAGGGUGAAGAUACUGACUGAUGUUAGGAAGAAGGAGAUCGUCUUUUCUGAGAGAUUCAAGACAUCAAAGAAGAUGAGCAAACAGCUGUUUGUUGUCAGGUGGUUAUUAAACCACAGUCCAGCUGAGAGGCCGACCAGUGCCCAGUUACUGAACAGUUCCCACGUACCAAGACAGAUCGAGGAGGAGCAGCUGCAAGAAGCUGUCGAACACACUCUACAGAAUCCCAACUCCUCCCAGUACAAGAGGUUAAUGGAGAAACUGUUCUCUCAAGAGAAUUCAAAACUUUUUGAAAUGUCUUUCUUCUCGGAACACUCAAGCCUUGACCUGGAUAAGGUCAAUAAAUCCUCCUUCAGUCCAACAUAUUUCCUAUUGCAGCAGUUUGUGUGGAAUGUGACUGAAUCAGUAUUCAAUAAACACUUGAGCCUUCUGUCUCAUUCCUUGAGUAAGUGUCAGGGGCUAGUCUGUUCAUUAAAUCCUGAUAUUCCUCUUCACGACGAGUGUCUGAAGCUGGUCCAGGACCUGAGGGACCUCAAAGGACUCUUAGUGGAUCACCUUUACCACCACCUGGAGCUGGAGGACCUACAGGACUUCUGCUGUAGGAGACACAUACCACACCUCAUUAUUAUAGACAACUCACUGCUAGUUAGGAACCAGUAUAAGUUGCGGUCACUGGACACUGAUAAAGGAAGGGUGACAUCAGAGAGGAUUGUCAGUAACAUACAGGAACUGAUUGAGUACAUUAUACCUAAGCACUCAAUUGAGAGAAAUGAUUCCACUGAGGGAGUUCCUCAAGUAUCGGCCAGUAGAUCAUCAGCUGCUGCCACCAAUACAGACACUAGUUCACUGCCAGCUGUCACCAUUACUACAAUUGGCAGACAAAAAGUAGCCGGGAACAUUAAAAGAAGAUACGACAGUCAUAUAUUAACAAAACUGUCUCCAUUACUGACCCAACUGCCUACCAAAUCACCGAUUGAGAUAAUAGCAAUUGAUUUUGAGUUAGAAGCGUUGUGCCAGCUUGCAGUUGAGAUUAACAAAUCAAUCAGUCAAUCUAAAAGUGAUCACACAUCAGUUAUAAAACUAUUGACAGAAAGAUUCCCUUCUUUUGGGAAGAAAUACAUCACUCAGGUUUGUGAAGCCAUUCAAGAGAGAACAGCAAAAAAAACUCCAAUCAUAUUUUUAUACAGUCACGUUGCUGAACAGUGUCAAAUUGUGCUCAACAAUUCUUUAAUUUCAUGAAAUAAUAAUCAUAUUUCUUUCUUUUUAUUGUGACCAUAAUU